UGGUCCAGCUAAGCGUCACUUGGAAAAUUUCUUCACGGGCAGAAAGGUACUUCAACUGCCACAACUCAAAUUCAUGAUGUCACGAGGAGGACUCAACCUUAAAGCUACUUCCAUUCUUGCGCUGCUGAUUUUUGCUGGUGUUAUUGUGGUCUACCGGAUUUCAGCACAAACGGACAAGGAAGUCGACAGAGGUGUACCGGAAGACACGCUUAGUUUAGAGAAAGAUCGGGUUGCGUCAGUCCAGUCAACUCCAACAAAGUGUCAGAAUAGUGUUGAACUUAAAAACGUAUACAGCCGCGAUUCCACAAAAUGGACGCUUAAUGAACACGUUUGCAAAGAAUGUCAUGAUUUCCCUAAAGCGACAUUGAAAACGCAGUUUGGAGAUACUCCAAUAUUUAUAUAUCCAAGUGAAAAUGACGUUUGGGUUUCAGGAGUUAUUAAAAAUACAGGUAAAUUCGAGGCCGAUAAAACUAACGGAAUUGCAGCUUUACUGAAAGCCGAUUCAAAAAUGAAUUUAAUAGAUAUUGGUGCUAAUAUAGGCGUACAUACUUUAGCUAUAGCGAAAAUGGGUAGGAAAGUGAUAGCCGUGGAAGCAUUAGACAAAAACGUCCAGCAUCUUUGUGCAUCCGUCGCCGCAGGAAAUCUGCAACGUGACGUCACUAUCGUACAUAAUGCAAUAUCAGAUGGACAUACGAGGGUCAAACUUGGAAUAGACAAGAAUAAUAUGGGAGGCACAUACGUGGAUGUGGAUUCAACACUUAUAAAGGAGCUGAAGGAGGGUCGCGCUCAGGGUAGCUAUGGGGAGGUGGACACAAUUACUAUGGACGACCUCAUUGAUCUUCCGGCUUUUAAAGAUUUUUCUAAGGUCAUUGUAAAAAUGGAUAUUGAGGGAUUUGAACAUAAAGCUGUGGCUAAAUCUGACAAGUUCUUCAAAGCUGUAGACGUACAAGGUUUCGUGAUGGAAUGGGAGUUCCACAGGAAGAUGGCGUCAGGGGUCGAUAUAUUAAAACGCAUGAAAGACUUAAAAUUUGAACCGUUUCGUGUCGAAAAUCCUACUGCGCGGCUAUCGAUCGAAUCAAGUGAUUCAUGGCCAUACGAUGUUCUUUGGCGUCCUGUGAAAUGAAUGUGAUAUAUAUACUUUGAAUAUGUUCUCAUAUUUAAGAACAGGGACAAAUUGUAGGAUCACAAAAUGUAGAUGUCAACUGCAUAUGCUUAUCUUGCUCAGUUAUCUAUUUUAUGCUUCACAGAAUUCUUGUAGAAUAUGUUCAUACAAAUGUCUAUAAGAACGCACAAGCGUAUACAAUCGUCAUACAAGCUACCACGCUCUUUUAUUCAAGCUGCCGUGCUCUUUAAUUCAUAUUGAAUAUCAAAUGUUUCUUUUUAUCGUUUGUUAAAAAUCAUUCAUUCAUUAUAUCCAAUAUUAUACCUGUGAGAACAGUCGAUGGAACAUGCAUGCAUUAGAUUAUGUCAUAGUUUGGAAAAACAUACCAAAUAUCUAUAUCCUACAUGUUCGACAUAUAUAUAAUACACUAUGCUAUCAGCAACAACGGCUUGAUAUUAUUUACUGAAAUAACCUUUUGAAUAUGUGAAAGUGGCUAUUGACGAAGAAAAAAAUACGUUUCCUGGAAAAAAAACCAUGAUGUUUCGUUAUUAUACUGACCGUGGUGUCACUACCAGACAAAGUAAACCUCAGAACAGUUGGUUUCACGUGUUGAACAUUUUGGUUUCAUCAAUGAUAUGUUUGUAUGGGGUUUUUAAUGUCCUCGUGUAAAAUUAAAAUGUAAUUUCUUCUUUUGAUUAAGGUUUGAUUGCUUAUGUUUAACGGCCUAUCAACGGCUAGUAAAACGCUUAUUAUUAGAUUGUGUCAAAUUUUGUCUCUACAUUUUGUUAUUUUCAUAAAAUAUCAGUCACCAUAGCCACUUUCAAUAAUUGACGCUUGUCUUUUACCUUGAAGUGUGUUUGAUUUUGUCGGCUAUGUGUUGGCCCUAAUGAUCUAUCCUGUGUUGAUGGGCCGUUAAACAUGUUAUAAUAAUAAUAAUAAUAAUAAUAAUAAUCACCAGUUAAAGUCAUUCUAGCACGUACCGCCAUGUGCAUUGUUUAUGCAGGUGUGUGUGUGCAGGAGGCACGGUACGUUGGAGUAUUUGCCUUCUUGUAAUACCGCGGAUCUGAUACCAACUUUAUGGUGCCGUAACCGGGUGUACUCAUUGCAUUUAGUCACACAUUGUCCAUGCGUUUGUCCGUACUAGUGUCAUAACAUGUGCGUGGAAUGUUGUGGGAAUCCUUUCAAGAUCCCAGGUAAACCUCAUUAUAUUGUAUUCAUAGUGGAUGAUGAUGUAAUUAUAUAAUAAUACUUAUGAUAUCAUAAUGUAGUCAUUUCAAUCGCAUUCGUAAAGUGAAAGUAAACUAUAUAUGUAUAUUGUACCUGUUAUUGAUAGUUUCGUAUCUU